GCUGUCGAUACUAUUACAUGCUAAAGUAUACAAGAGUAUUCUAAGAUGAUGUCAGCAAUCCUUUGCACUGUACCCGCCGUAGCUAGAUGUACCCCGCGACGCGUUAAACAUUGGAAGCUUAACGCGACCUUGAUUGGACCUCGGACCAUAUAUUCCUAGAUCAUUCAACAUCCCUGCAAGGUCAACGCAAUACCAAUUCAAUCAGCGAUAUCGUUACCUAGGUAUUUCAUGGAAUAUGAACUAGAACUAUCACCAAUUAUAUAACACCCGAAUUAGAAGUUCGAGACCAUCUAUUGAAGACCCAAUUUAUCAGGUUGACUGCGAUCCUACGCUGUCUAGGUACUCAGUUCACCUCGUCAAUUCUUCGAAGCCAAGGGUAGAGAAUUUGACCUCUUCUGGAUAGUCAAAGCCAUGGCUGUCCUUAACUUCACAUUAAGCGAAGAAGGAGUCAAUGCUCUGAGAGAUGCGUUAGCUUGUCUCGGUAAAUUCAGUGAAGAGGUCUCUCUCGAGGCUAUGAAGGAUAAGCUAGUUUUCACUACACUGAAUUUGUCCAAGUCAGCAUACGUAUCUUUUACUUUCCAAGCCAGUCGUUUCUUCUCCAAGUACCAUUUUGAAGGAGGGCCUCAGAACCGAGAAAAGUUCUUUUGCAAAUUGUAUAAUCGGGCCCUGCUAUCUCUGUUUAGAGCUAGGAGCGGCGAUAGUGGACAUGACAGGGAAAGGGACACGAUCAUCGAACACUGCGAUGUCGCCAUAGUAGAUGAGCCUGGCAAGAAAAGCAGAUUCAUCGCCAAGAUCGUCUUCCGGAAUGGAAUCACAACGAAAUACCGCCUCCCCUUUGAAGUUACUCCGCCAGUCCACGCUAAAUUUGAUAGGGAUCAAGCAACAAACCAUUGGUCUAUCCCAUCUCGAACACUGCGACAACUCAUGGAUCACUUCGGCCCCGGGAUUGAAUAUCUUGAUAUUCAUUCAGAGGACGAUGAUACAGUUAGCUUCACAUGUUUCACCGAGAAAGUUAAGAACGGCGAGGAGGUCCUGAAAAAGCCGCUCCACACGUCUAUUGCUGUCGAACGAGAUGAAUUCGAGGAUUUCGUCGUCGAAGAAGACAAGCUACACAUCGUUAUCAGCGUCAAAGACUUCAGGGCGAUUAUCCAGCAUGCAGGACUUAUUGGAUGCCCAAUUUCAGCUUACUAUUCCAUCCCGUCUAAGCCUAUGCAAUUUAAGUACGAUGGUGACGGGGUCAAAUGCGAAUUCCUUCUAAUGACAAUUGGCGAAAGAGGCGCACCUGGCCAGAAGGCCAAGAAAACCCGCGGUGGCGCCAAAGGACCGAAGCCGCCGCAGCUCGAGGCUUCCAGUAGGGCUGCAUCGCACGCGCCUACACCAGCUCCUCAUAUACCUCCUCCUAAGCCACAAGCGCCACGAGUCGAUCCAGUUCCUUCUCUGAGACCGCCCAUUACUCGUCCUUCUCAACGACCGCCCCCAGCAACAAUGCAAUCCGAGUCUCUCUUUGUGCCUCAGGAUGAUGAGAACCAGUGGGAUCCUGUGAAUGUCGGCGAAGAUGAAGACGAGGAAGAAAAUACUCGUCUAGAGUGGGAUGUCAGCGGGGAUUUCAAUCAGAAUCAGCCAGCCAUGAGUAGGAGGGCUAUGAUGGCAAACCAGGACACCAAUGAGUCGAGACCAGACGAUCCGAGUGAGCCUCUCCCUUUUCACCUUGAACCAACGCAACGACUCUCGCAAGUUCGUAAAUUUGGCUUCUUUGACGACUAGCGGUUUGCAUGGGCACCUUGGGGUCUACGCCUUAUUUCUUCAUGGGCGAAUAUAUGACAGUCGAGCU